GAGAGAGACAUAGCUAACCCCCUCUACCCCAAAAUCGUUGUCCCGGCUACGUUUGGAGCCGUGUGUCACGGUCAAGAUAAUUCGACCGCGUCUCGGUUGCUCGUCACAACCGACCAGCGUCAUUGCCAGCGCGCCAGCUGCCAACUCCCGCCGCCUACAUUUAUUCCCUACCUACCCCCUACGGGAAUUUCGCAACAACCGCGCCAAAAAAUGUCGUCUCCAUUGAAGCCGUCGCAGCUUUCCCUGAACUCGCGAGCCUCGCCCUUUCGCCGUCCAGGCUCGCCUUUGCCGCCUCGCUCACCGUCGGCUCUCCGUCCUUCUUCGUCGCAUAACUCGCCCUUCAGAUCAGGCGAAGAUGGCCGGCCCACGACGCCCUCGCGCCUCUCCCCUACCAAAGACAACCCGUUCCGCCGCUCUGCCGCCAACGACCGACCAACCACCCCCAAUGGGCGCCCCGUAACCCCCAGCGAGCAACCUUCUCUCGCCAGCCCAGUCACCAGCCCCCUACUUCAGCGCAAAACAGCAAGCCCGGGCCCAGCCACUUCACCGCCACCUGCGCCCGCUGCCACCGAAGCGCCCGUCUUAGCGCCCCCUCGCGAUCCGAAAUAUACUCGUCGCCCUCCGCUCGCGAAGAGACAAUCAACAUGGCGCGGCAACGGCCCGGACCCGCUGGCACACAUUCCACCGGCGCUGCUACACAGCAUGCGCGAGUCCUUCAGCGUGCUGGACUGCGAGAACACGGGAGUCGUCACCGCUGCCGACGUACAGGAGGCGCUGUCCGAGGUUGGCAUGGACAAUGGACCUGCGUCGGUAGAGCCUUUCUUCCCGGCCGGUGCGCCGAGCUCGUUGAACCUCGCAUCCUAUCUCACCAUGAUGGCGUCAUUACUCCAGCCGUUGAGCCGCGAGCGCGAAAUACUGGCCGCGUUUGAAGCAUUUGAUGACCAGGAUGACGGCCAGAUCGAUGUCUCUGAGCUGACAGAGGCUCUGCUCAACACGACACCUGAAGCAGGACAGCAGCGUUUGACGGAGAAGGAGAUUGAGAGGAUUGUGGAGGGUUUCCGGGGGCGCAGGGCGCUAGGGAAGAAAGGAAAGGGCGGGCUGGGGCGCGGAGAUGUUUUCCGCUACAAGGAGUUUGUCGGCAGUGUGUGCGGCGGCGGCUCUGCCAAGGAGGGCGGGGCAGAGGCUGCGGCAUAGAUUUGAUGGGUUAUCUCUUGGCCGGAGUUUGAGGAUAGCGCUGGGUUUGGCAUCAGACAUUGUGGGUUUUGGCGAAGUAGCCUGCCUUUUUAGGCACUAGAUGGGUAAUGCGGUAUGGAUAAUGUGAGACGAUGUUACUGUGCUCUUCAGAUAUAUGUUAAGCGUCUGCUCGUUCGGUG